CAGCUGCGACAGCUGCGACACCUGCCCAUGGCUUUGGGCUCAGAGUGUGACUGGCUAUGGCCACGCCUUGCGCGGAGAUGCGUCCUCCUGGUUUGUCUUCAAGGAUGUGUAGAAGCCAGCAAGGCGGGCAUAGCGGUGAACGUGAGGCAACCCAUCUUGGCAUCCACCAAUCUGCAGAAGGCCAAUGUCUCAAUCAGGAUGAUCAUCCGUCACGGGGAUCCAACUGACACCUUGGCUGCUGCUGCUUGCAACCAUUUGCAAGCCGCGGGAGGAGGCGGAUGCAGUGAUUCCGAUCACACAGUUAUCCAGGAGACACUGCAGAAAAUGGUGGAGAACUUUGAGGUGUUGAGCGCGGGUGAGCAAAUCGUGAAACAGAUUCAGUUGGGCUGGGACUUGCUUCUUUCUUGGAGGGCACCGGAGGAGGCACGAUUGCAAUUUGUAGCAGCUGCGGCCAAGUAUCCUGACAGCAUGUUUCUUUUGAGGGAGCUUGCUGCAGAGUCGAUGCUGGCAAACUUGCUGCCAAGAGCGGGUGAUGAUGGCUACAAGUUGUACUGGGGUUCUGGGGGGUCUUGGGGCCACCUCACACCACCCACUCCAGAAGACCAUUCUACACUGUUUGAUGCCUGGGCCGCAUACGCAACGGUUCGCUUUCAACGCCCGCAAUCAUCUCUCAGAGAGCAGGAGUCGGGCCUGUUGGAGGCUGGUCUGCCGCCCCACGGUUUCAUCCCCUCUGGGGAGAUGCAGGCAAAUGAUGGCAACGUCGGGCUGCUGGGCCUGGUUUUCGAGCAUCGGCUCCGCCAUGACAUCGAGCUUUUCCAGCUGCUUCAGAACAUGGGCCUGCUGAGCGCAUCGGAUCGUGCAUCAGAUGCAAUUCAGGCAUACAGGAGCGCGCUAGAGUCAGCCCCAAGAGAGACCAAUGGGCUUCUGCGUCCCACGCAGGAGCAGUGGCAUGGCAUGUACCCCUUCUACAAUCGCAGGUUGUAUGUGCACCCAAGCCCACGCUCAGACCAUUCUUUGCUGAGCCCUGCCUCAGCACUCAAGAUUGAACUGCGCCGCACCCCAACGCAAACAGCAAGCCAAGCAGGAGGAUUUCUGGCAACUGGAGGGGUUUUGGUAGUUGACAACAUUUUGACACCUUCAGCCUUGCAGUCGCUUCGGAGCUUUCUAGAGUUAUCAACUAUUUGGUAUCAAGAACGGGGUAGUUACCUGGGCGCAUCUUUAAGCACUGGCUUGUGCUCGCCAUUCAUUGCACAGUUAGCAGGAGAGUUGCGCUCUUUGUUCUCGGAAGUAUUGUGUGACCUUCCGCUGGCACAUGUUUGGGCCUUCAAGUUUGCCGAGGGUGAAAAGGGUGUUGACAUGCACGCGGACGCAGCUGCUGUGAAUGUCAACCUUUGGAUUACACCUGACUCAGACAACCUUGACAACUCCUCGGGUGGCCUGACAAUUUUUGACGCAGCCGUAGAUGCCACGCAAGAUAACUUCAGGCAGUACAAUUCAGAAGAAGGCAAGCCCUACCUCGAGGAUAAAGUGAACAAAUCCGGCGGAAAUAGCGUGUCUGUGCCAUAUCGUCAGAAUCGCGCAGUGGUAUUUGACAGCGCUCGUGUUCACGCUACGCAGCCUUUGUCAUUUCCGUCUCAGACUGUGCGAUCUCGCCGUAUCAACUUGACAUUUCUUUUUGGUGCAAGGGGCACUUAUUGCCCGCUGCGUCGUUCAGUGCACGCUUUGUUGAAAGACAAUGCUGUCCACAGUGGUGCUGCCGAUCCCUCUCCCGGCGAUGCAGGCACGGUGACAACAAAGCCGCCAACGGCAGAGCUGUAGCUUUUGGAAAAGAGCCCCAGCCCCGCGAGCCCGAGACGGCGGAUAGCCAGCUCUUCUGAUCAAGUGCUUGGCCACGCCUCUUGCCCCCAGACACUGAAGGAUUGAGGAUGAAGGGCUUGCCUAUUCAAGAGAGGUCGUGCCAUCGUGGACCGAAGACGUUUAACGGACGUCAAAUGAGACAGUUGGAAGUUGGAGCUUGACAAGAAUGCUUUUGC